UCACGUACUGAUAUCCGGCUGUACGCGAUGACGCAUUUUUUGCCUCGUUGGAAGGUGGUUUUGCAGGAAGCGCAGUGACAGCAGCUGAGCAGAGGAAAGCUCAGACACACGGACUCAAGUCAGUCGAUGGUAUUCAGUCUCCUGUCAGUGAACGCAGAUGUCAGUCACUGAGGAUCUUCCAGACAUGGAUGGAACAGACCUGCUGGGUCUGCUGUUCCAAGAUGGAGAGGACGGAUCUACUGAGCCCUUCUUUCCUGAUGGGAACGGGCUCAUCGAAUCCUGGCUGUUUGAACAAGAUAUGCUGACUGGUAUGGACACUGAAGAUUUCCUGUCCAGCUUGUUAGAGGAAGAAGCCAACAUGGGGACCAUCUGUCCCUCUCAUUCUCCCCUGGGCAGCGACAGCGGCAUUUCUGAUGACAGCAGCACUGGAGUUGGAAACACCAAUCUUCUGGGAUGCCCGAGUCCUCAUGGCAGCGAUAGUGAUGUUGUGCCCAGUCCAAGUUACUCACAGCCCAGUCCAGUGCCCUCGGACCCUGCCCUGGUCCCUGGGGAGCAGCGCACGGAGAGCCUGGAGGCCCUAACAGUCCAGACAGAUCACUGCUACUCUCUGCUGCAGAGCGAAGGGAAGGACAUGGAUGUCCUGCAGAGUGUGAGGGCAGAGAGGCCAGAUACAGAUGUCUUCAUUGAUCUGGACGACCUGGUGACUGAGGAAAUGGAGGAGGACAUCACCAGCGAGCUGCCCUGCACUUUGUCCAUUGAGGACUCAACAGAGGAUUCCAUGCUCCUCAACACAGACGAGUUUCAGUUCAAAGACAUUGUUCUCACUGAGGAGGAGAAGCGGCUUUUGGCAAAAGAGGGAGCCACCCUCCCCUCACACAUGCCUCUCACAAAGGCAGAGGAGAGGACCUUAAAGAGGGUCAGGAGGAAGAUCCGCAACAAGCAGUCUGCUCAGGAAAGCCGCAAGAAGAAGAAGGUGUAUGUCGAUGGACUGGAAAACAGGGUUGCCAUCUGUACGGCACACAACUUGGAAUUACAGAAGAAAGUCCAAAUGCUCCACAAACAGAACAUCUCUUUGAUAGAGCAACUGAGGAAACUGCAGUCCAUCGUGAAGAUGUCCACUAUGAAGGCCAGCACUACCAGCACUUGUGUCAUGGUGUUCCUGCUCUCUUUCUGUCUCAUCAUCUUUCCGUCAGUCAAUCCGUUUGGUGGAAACACAGAAAAAAAGGAGAUGUACACACCCUCAUCCAUCAUCUCCCGGACCUUGCGCUCCGUGCCACAAGAAAGCACAGAUGCCAUCUACUACAUGGAGCAUGAAGAGGAAGAGUUUCCCUUCGCUCCCCAGGUUGAGGUGGACAAGAGCAAAGCCAUCUUCGGCAUGAGUCAGAAGAACCACACCCCUGACUACCAAAGGGUGGAGCAACCCGACUCGGAAACUGGCGUCAACAGCAACUCCUCUGCAGACUUCCCCGCCCCUGCUCAGGCCGCGGAGAUGAAGCCGGGCCCGGCUGGAGGAUUAGGGUCUUUACAGGAAGGAGCCAUUGAUGCUGUUGUGCCGUCCACUGUGGCAAAGGAUAACUGGAUAGAGCGGAACCCGCCAUCUGUCAUAUUACCGCAGCACCGCUCCGAUGAGAUGUAGUUUGGAGAUAUUUAUCAUUAUAACCAACAGAGGGAGCCAUACUCCUAAUGUUUUGGGUAGAAGAGGGAAUCUUAUACUAAGAAAAAGGGGGAAGGGAACAAAACAUUUAUCAUAAAGACAUUGGAUCAGUCUGUCCGUCCCUACUCUUCCCCUCUAACAGCCUUGUCUGUGCUACUGUUACUUUUAUUGCACUUUGUUCUGAUUUUCUACCAAUGAUUAAAAAGAACUGGAGAGAUUCCCAUGUUCCAGCAGUGUAAACUACUGAGGAAUAAGAUUGCAGCAGACUUAUGUUGCUGGAGGCCUCUUGCUAAACGCAGAGGCCUCACGUUAGUCUACAAACCAGUGGUGACAACCACAUUAUGUGAACUUGAAAAAAAAUGAUAUAUAUGAAAUUAUAAUGAAGCGGCAGAAACUUAUUCAAGAGGACCGUUACUUGAUUUUUUUCAUUAUUCAACACCAAAUUGAAGGGUGCGACCCUGUGCGUCUGUCUGAUCUCUUCCACCAGAUCCUAACGUACGCCGCUCGAUAAUGACCCUGCCAUCGUAAUUAUCAACAUCCAUUGCUUAGUGUCAGGCAGAUCGCUUGAUUCUCAUGAAGCUUGAUCAAUACAGUUGAUCACCAUAGUGCUUAAAGCCAUUGCAGGACAUUUGGCCAUUUAGAAGACUUGUGAAGUUUUAGUGUUUCCCUUGUAACAAGGGUAUCAUGCACCUUUAGAAAUUUGAAAUGCUUUUUUUUAUAUUCAUGUACAGUAAUGCAAGAAAAUGUUGUCUUCAAAGUUUAGAACAAGACACCGAACCAUUCGACCUUUUAACCCCAGUCCACCCCUACAAUCUCCUGUUUCACAUCAUCGUACAGCUCUUACUUUUUAUGAAUCUGAAAUACGUACAGACUAAGGGGGUUUGAUAUAUAUUUGCUCAGUACUGUGUUGCAGUAAAAAUAUACUUAAAAAUGUAAUGACCUGUUUUGUCAGUGAGGCAUUUUUGUCUUUCUGUGUAUUUAUAUCUCCGGUUACUGUCAGUGAUAAAUGGAAUCUAAGUGGUAUUGAGAGUACUUCUUUUUAGUCAAGAUUGAGAAUUAUAAAUGUUGCUCAUGUUGAACAAAUGCACUGACAUUUGACAGUUAAAGAAUGGAAUGUAAAUAUGCUUUGACUGUAGCUCUUCUGUACAUUUGAACUCAUAAACAUGUCUGGACAUCAAUAAUAAUAAUAAACCUUUUAUAUAUCA